AUCUUGCAUGAUCUAUACUAUACACUCUCCCGCUUAAACCAACACCUUUUUACAGUGACUUACGCUUCAGUCUGAAUCUCAGACGACAAGACAAUGGCGAUAUCUUCAAUCUCUCCAUUUCUCCUUCUCCAUGCAACCCUAACCCUAACCCUCUGCCUCAUCCCCGCCAACGCCGUCGUAUCGGACUUGACCCAUCUCCGAUCAGAAUCAUCCACCGGCGUGAUCCACCUCACAGACCAACUCCUGAAACGCAUAAUCUCCGUCCCCACUCCCCGCCCUUUCUCUCUUCUCAUCUUCUUCGACUUCCAUCGCCUCCACUCCUCCAAACCCGAAAUCAACUUGCCUGCUCUCAGAAACGAAUUCUCCCUCCUCGCCUCUUCCUUCCUCGCAAACAACCCCGAUCCGAACACCAACACCAACCUCUUCUUCUUCGACAUCGAAUUCGAAGAAUCCGAGCUCUCUUUCAGGAAAUUCGGCCUCGAUUCACUGCCCCACAUCUGCAUUGUCCCGCCUUCGGCUAUGGACCUCGGGAAAGACCCCAUUGAAAUGGACCCUUCCGCGUUUUCCCGGCAGGCGGAGUCGAUGGCGGAGUUCGUGGAAUCCAAAACUAAGCUCCAAAUCCGCCCAAUUCAUCGCCCACUCACUUCUUCCAGGAAAAGACUGAUCUUUGUGGCAGUUGUUGUAGUGAUAUGCAGUCCGAUGUUGUUGCCAAAGAUUGAUUUCAAGAAAAGCAUUUUGGUGGACAAGAAUCUGUGGAUGGGAGGGGCCAUAUUAGUGUACUUUCUGAGCGUGGGAGGGAUGAUGCACAACAUAAUCAGACAGGUGCCCAUGUUUCUAGGAGACAUGCAGGAUCCUGAUGGAUUGGUUUUCUUCUACAAAGGGACUCAAACGCAACUGGGAACAGAAGGCUAUGCUGUGGGGUUCUUGUACACGAUUGUGGGAUUGUUGUUGGCGUUUUUGAGCCAUGCUGUGGUGCUGGAGAAGAGCAGGAGUGUGCAGAGAUCGGCCAUGGCUUUCGUGCUCUUUGCUUCGGUCUGGGCUGUGAAGAAGGUGGUUGUGUUGGAUAAUUGGAAGACUGGGUAUUCCAUUCAUUCUUACUUUCCACAUCUUUGAAUUGAAUGCCAUUAUUUUGUAGCAAUAUUGGCAGAAUGUUGGGCAUUUAAUUUGUCUCAGACUCUCAAUUGGCCUGGUGGUGUCAUUGGAACUGGGAACGAAGUGAAAUGUUUGGUUUUGGAUUCAAGCACUAAUAUGAUGAUGAUUGUGGGCAAGAAUUUAUAUGAUCAUGGUUUUCAAAAUGCAUGCAGGCUGCAGCAGCAUUAUUGUCUCAAGAACCUAUGUUGAUGUGGUCAUUGUUCAAGAUGAAUGAUAUAUCAUUGUUUAGGUGAUUCUAAUAAUUAUGAAAAACUUUAUCAUUCAUUGUACAUUGUAAUUAUACUUUAUGCCAAUAAUGUUUACCCUAAUACAUGUUUGGGA